GGCGGGGGAGCGGCGGAGAGCUGCAGCAGCAGGGUGGCGGACUCGUGCGCGCCGGGGGGGCGGAGCGGGCGGCGGCGGCGGAAGGUGGAUGUGUACAGCGAGGUGCUCCGCCGGCUCAGGGAGGUGGGACACGAGGAGGCGUCGCGCCCCGGGUUCGAAGAGGAUCUCUGGGCUCAUUUCAGCCGCUUGCCGAUCAGAUAUGCUUUGGAUGUGAACGUGGAAACGGCAGAAGAUGUCCUUCUGCAUAAAGAGUUGCUUCACAUGGCUCAGAAUCCCGCGACUCGACCAGCAAUCGAAGUCCGCCUUGGGCAGGUCCCUUCUCUUUCCAGUGAUAGCUGUGGCGAUUCUGUUCAUUCAACCUCCCCAAGAAAUGUUGAUGCACAUUUCUUUUGUUACAAAAGAAGACAGAGUAUCCAUCCACUUCCUGAUUUUGGGUUGUCCCCUAAAAUGGAAGUCGAAUUUGAAGGCACUGAUUUACCUACUCAAAAUUGGGAUCGUCCCACCUCUGGUUCUCAACAUUCGGUCAUUAGGACUAUGCAUGAAGUGACGAUUUCGACAAAUGACAGGCGGAAAUUUCUCAGCCAGUUGACAUCCUUGAUGUCUGAGAUUGGGCUGAACAUUCAAGAAGCACAUGCCUUCUCCACUACAGAUGGCUAUUCCUUGGACGUUUUUGCUGUUGAUGGUUGGGAACGGGAGACCGAGGAGCUUAAGGAGAUACUGAAAGAGAAAAUGUUGAAGAUUGAGAAGCAUCCGCAGCUGAAAUGCAAUGGUAGUUCUGACACAGACAAGCAAAAGCAGAAUGGAAUCAAGUCCAACCAUAACCAUGUAAAUGUCUCCAGUGAAGGAAAAGAUGUCUGGGAAAUUGAUGUAAACAUGUUAAGCUUUGAAAAGAAAAUUGCAUCUGGAUCAUAUGCCGAGUUGUAUAAAGGCAUGUUUCUAAGUCAAGAUGUAGCCAUUAAACUUCUUAGGACCGAGCAUCUAAACAAAACCAUGCAGCAGGAGUUUGCCCAGGAAGUCUACAUAAUGAGGAAAAUUAGGCAUAAGAACAUCGUGCAAUUCAUUGGUGCAUGCACUAGACCUCCACGACUGUGCAUUGUGACAGAAUACAUGUCUGGUGGGAGUCUGUUUGACUUUCUACAUAAGCAAAAUGAUGUUCUCAAACUUUCAACUGUUCUGAGACUGGCAAUUGAUGUUUCCAAGGGAAUGAACUACUUGCACAAGAACAAUAUCAUCCAUCGGGACCUAAAGGCUGCUAAUCUUUUGAUGGAUGAAAAUGAGGUAGUUAAGAUUGCUGAUUUUGGUGUUGCUCGAGUUCAAACUCAGUCCGGCGUGAUGACUGCUGAAACUGGAACAUACCGUUGGAUGGCUCCGGAGGUUAUCGAACAUAGACCAUACGAUCACAAGGCUGAUGUCUUCAGCUUCGGAAUAGUGCUGUGGGAGCUGCUUACGGGAAAGCUUCCUUACGAGGACGUAACGCCCUUACAAGCCGCAAUUGGUGUGGUGCACAAGGGUCUUAGGCCUACUAUUCCGGAGCAUACUCAUCCGGACCUAGAGAAGCUGCUGAACGAGUGCUGGGAACGAGAGCCAUCCCUGCGACCCGAGUUUUCCGAAAUUGUGGAAAUCUUGCAGCAGAUAGCAAAGACCGCACAGGAUUGACUGUCCACCGAGUAUAAGUUCUCCACGAGAGCAAGAAGGAAUCAAGGACUGUCGGGAAAACCCGAACCAGAACAAAGGUGUAAUAGGUAAAUUGUAAAUUUUUGUAAUGCAAGCGGCCACUGCUCGGCCGAUUUCUUUCUGAUUUCGAUCCACGGGAUUUUUGUAUUAUUUUCUUUUGGGCAAGGGAAAAACGGGUUUGUGUAGCCAUAA